CCUAAACGAAAUUUAAAGUGCUGUAAGUGUCGUCUUGGCGGGGUAACCAGUACUAGCAAAAACGCCCACAUCAAAACAUAGUAUCAGCCUUUGCAUGGGACGCCGACGCUGCGCGGCGUGGGACACAAGCUCGAAAGGAAACCACAUGAUUUGCCCACUUGACGCCUGAAGGCCUCAUCUCCUUGCCAAGAGCCAUGUCGUCCACACUCGCAGGCCCAUUGACAGAUCACUGUUUCACUUCAGUCGCACACAGUGGUACACUCAAGGGUGAAAGCAUUACCAUCGCUGGCGUACCGACAUACCUAUCUGCUCCGCAAGCUUCCGUUGCGUCCACAGUAGAAACUGUCAUCCUGGCAAGUUUCUGUGUGUAUAGUUUCUUAGUAUGCGUAUUGAUCAGGAAGGCAGGUUUCACCGUGGUUGGAAUAGAUUACUUUUUUGGUGAUCCUGUUCAUCUGCAUCUCAACAAGCCCGGGUCCGAUCGCUCAACAUGGAGAACAAAAUCUAUCGAGCAAGCGAGGGCUAGCGUUCCAAAGUGGGUGGAUGGUGUCAAGGAAAUGUUUGGUACGAUCCUUGAUCAUCCUUCCCAGCAUACCGUGCUUCACUCAUACCACCCCAUAGAAACGGACUCUGCAUUCCCAGCGACGUUCCGACGACACGUUGAAGACAUCCUUGUGGAGAAGAGGGCAACAUACUAUUUUCAGAUAUUCAGCGGUGUAUCGCACGGCUUUGGAACAAGGGGAGAUCCAGAAAUCGAGACUGAAAGGUGGGCGAAGGAAGAGUGCCAACGUGCGAUGGUAGGAUGGUUCAAACGCUUUACGAGUAGCAAGUGAUAUGUGCUGUUAUUUUGAAAUCAGACUGUUUCAGUAAAUCAUCCUCAUACUGCGGCCUUACUCUGGAUUGUUUCAAAUGGACAGACCUUGUUUGCUUUCCGUGAACUCUCGAAGGUUG